AUGUUCCGCUCCGAUGAUGUGUCCAUUGAUAUCAUGAUGCCCGAUGGACCUGUAACGCAGUACUGCUUGCGAAAGGCAAGGAAGCCAAUGACAAGACAACGUCCCAUGAUCUACAUCGUGGAGAAGCAUAUAGCCAAAGCGUACUUGACUGCACGGUGCAAUGUCUUGGAUGGCUGGUCAGUUGCCAUGUCAUCGGGCCACAGAUACAGCCCUAGACUGUGGCAAGGUGGAAACCUUAUCGUUUCAAGUGGGACUCAGAAUUCUCACAACAGAAGUAUGCUUUUAUGUGGAGUUGAGAAGCUAUGUCAACUAGUACGAUAUAUUACUCGGAAAUGCUCCGCCAAUAGGACUAUGAGUCGUUAUGGCUCAUUAUGGAGGUCAAUGUCAUUGUGGGCCUAUUACCAACAACUACCUCGUCCAUACGAUCCUGAUCAGAGGCAAAAGUCCCCAGUCCCGUCUUCUGAGAGAGUUCACCAAGCUUGA